AUGGCUAGUCCGAGUAUUGCAAACUUAUCCAUUAAUGACGACGGCGAGGAAGAAGGAUUUUGUUUCGAUCUGGAGGAGGAAGCAAGCGAAGUGUCGGAUCUGAGGCUCUGCCUGGUCGGAAGAUUUUUAUGUGAUAAACCUAUUCAUGUGCGUUCUAUGAAGACAAGAAUUGCGGAUAUAUGGAGGUCGGUAAAGGGUGUAGCGAUCAAAGAGGCGACUGAGGGCUUGUAUCUUUUCCAGUUUGAACAUAAACUUGAUAUGGAAGCAGUUAUUAACGGAGGUCCAUGGAGUUUUGAUAGCCAUCUCCUAAUCCUAGAACAAGUCCGAUUGGGGGUUCAAAUUGAAAACAUUCCUCUAUUCCAUGUUGAUUUCUGGAUCCAAGUCCAUAAUCUACCGGCGGGAUUCAUGUUAGAAAAGGUUGGGAAAACAAUGGCUAGUUACAUUGGCACAUUUGUGGAAUAUGACAAGAACAACAACACCAGUUUUUGGCGUCAAUAUAUGCGGAUUCGAGUUAAAGUAGAUGUGAGGCAACCUCUGAAGCAAACUACUAGAGUCAGGAAUAAAGGUGGAGAAUGGUGUGUAGUCAAUUUUAAAUAUGAAAAACUAAGUACGUUUUGUUUUGUCUGCGGUAUACUUGGUCAUUCGGAACAAAGGUGUGAAGUGAGAUUUGCUAUGGCGGAAGACACUGGGGUUCGAGGUUGGUCUAAUGAGAUUAGAGCUGAUAAUAAGAGAUUUGUUGUUCCUUCAUCAAAAUGGCUGUGA